UUUGCUCUUGCCUUUUUGUUUGUGUUUGUUUGGCCGUGCGCGGUUUGGAUGAAUGCGGUCGGUUUGUGGGUGGGUGAGGCGCGUUGCUGCAGCGAUGGCUGGCUGGGUUGCCGCACGUGCGACGUGAACAAGACCCAUCCCUAUCCAUGGUGGGCUGGAUGGCGGUUGUGCUGGGGCAAGGCGUGGUGUUGAAGACAUCACAUCAUGAGAGAACCGCUGUACACAGCACAGUUAAGUGUAAUAACAUUGUCUUACACACGCCGCACCUCCGCAUCAACGUUGGCGCACCCACCUUGGCUGCUCUGAGUUGGCCGUUUCGGUUUCAUUCCUCAGUACGCACUUUCACACCCGCGCACCCGCACACCCGCUCUUACGCACGAGCACAACGGGCGUUUGCGCUCUUCUUCCUCUUGCUGUCGCUCGCGCACAACAAUCCCACCCAAACCCACACCCAAACCCAAACACCUUCAAAGGCCAGUGGCGGCUGGUUGUUGCUGUUUGUUGCCGUUGUUUGUGAUGUGAGUGUGAGGCAAACAACACAGCGCGCGCCUCAGCAUCCCUGGAACGUCACGUCACGACGGUUAUAGCAACUCCAACCCGAAUUCCAGCCCACCCAGCCUGCAUCCGUCCGCCGCCACCACCGUCUUCAUCAUCAUCAGCAGCAGCAGCACCAAUCAACCUUUCGUUCGCGCACCCAAUUCAAGACGAAACCAACCAAGCAGCAGCAAGAGUGAAAGCAAGCAAGCAAGCAAACAACCAGCGGGUGCUCUUGCCGUCGCAGCAUGUCGCUCAUUUGUUCCCACCCCGUGCCCACAGCAGUCCGAAUGCUUGGUGCAAACGAGACGAGUGCCACCCUCAUUGGCAGGGGCGGCGCCGCGAGCAGGCGCAUGCGUCGCGCCAUCUCCUCUGCCUGGUCCAAGCGUCCCAGCCUUCGCCGACGCUCGCACUCAUCGGGCAGCAGCAGCAGCAGCAGCAGCAGCAGCAGAACCAGCAGCGUCAGCAGUGGCGCCGGUGUUGCAGAUGGGCAGGGCAGGUAUCACGGGGAUGACGUGUCAAUGGCCCUGUCCCAACUCCGCUCCAAGGCCGAGCACACCCAUGGCGAAGAAACAGACCUUGACUUCGACCUCAGCGACGCUCGCACCAUCGUCCUCAACGACGAGUGCAUGGUUGAGAUGAUCUUUUCGUCCCUGGACACGCCAUCCCUCGCAAAGGCCGCGCGCGUCUGUCGCCGCUGGGCCUAUGCACGGUGGGAGUGCCUCAAUCUCAGAAACUGCCGUCACAUUCCCUGGAAAGCCUUGCAACAGGUUCUUGCCGUGCACCGCCCGAAGAUGAUACUUAUGAGCCGUGCGCGCGUGGAGGAAGGUCUUCUAGCCGAAGUCCUCAUCGCCGCAAAGUCCGCACAGGCCCUUGAGCUCCGCGGGUGCGGCCUUAGCUCGCGAUCUGUUGAGCAUUUGGCGCUCGGAUUUCUUGCGUUGCACAACCGCGUCCUCCGCUUGGAUCUCUCCGGCAACAAGCUGCGGGGAGAUGCUGCAACAGCGCUGGCAGAGGGGCUGCGUCAGAACACGAGUUUGCUUGAGCUGAACCUGUCAUCGUGUCGUCUAACGCCCGCCAGCACCGCUGUCCUGCUGGAAGCGCUCGUGGAUCAUCCACGCAUCAACAAGCUCAAGGUGUGCCACAACGGCCUCUGCAGUCCGAUGGUUGCGCGCGCGCUUUCGUCUCUUCUCACUGAGAAUGAAUCCCUCGCACACUUGGACAUGUCCGGCAUGUAUUUCGAGCACGGCAUGGACAUAUCCAACGUGAGCGAUGCGAUUGCCGCCAACACGACGCUCGAGACGCUUGUUCUGUCGGAGAUGGGUCUGCUUCGCACGUUCCUCGCUGCCCUCGCCGACGGGCUCAAGCGCAACACAGGCAUCAAGUACUUGUUCCUGGAGAGCAAUGGCCUCACAUCAGAGGCAGGCGGCGUCAUUUGUGACAUUCUCAAGUCCAACACCACCCUCCUCAGCCUUUCGCUCCGCGACAACUUCCUCCAAUACGUCGGCGCUGUGUGCGUUGCGCAGGCCUUGCAGAACAACACGACGCUGCUGCACCUUGACCUCGCCACCAACCAGAUCUCGCACCAGGCCCUGCACACUAUCACAGAGGCGUUUCGCUUCAAACCGCCACGCGGGCUUAUCAGCCUCGACCUCAGCUUCAACCACUUUGGGUCCAUGGGUGCCGUGUGUUUGUCGCGCUGGCUGAGCAAGAGCGAGCACCGCAUGUGUGCGCUGAAGGUGGUUGAUUGCUUUGUCAAAGGGGAUGGGCUCGCCACCCUACUCAGUACCCUUCGCACCAGCCGCUCCCUCGCCAUCCUCGACAUUUCCCACAACACCUUCGACCCCGCAGCGGCCACGGAAUUGGUUGAGUUUAUCAAGCACAACCGGUCUGUGACGCACCUGUGCACACACGCCAACGCCAUGGCACAGCCAGAGCCACACAAGUGUCUGUCAUCUCAAGCGAUCUUCGAGUCGUUGGGUGACAACAGAGUGCUGCGAUUGCUGACGCUUGCCGAGCACAUGUUGGACGGAGAUCACGCUGCCCUGGCCGCCCACCCGGCCUGCACCAUCAGGCAUGCCGCGUGAACGUGCUCACAUGUGUGCGCUUGUGUCUGUAUGUGUGUGCGCGUGCGCACAUGUGUGUGUGUGUGUGUGUGUGUUGCUGCCUGCCUGCCUGCCUGCUUCUCGUUCAUUUCUCUUCUUCGCCGCCUAUCAUGAUCAUGGUUGGUGGUCUGUUAGAUGGUUUCUUUAAUUGGCCUGCCUGAUUCAACCCACCUCUUACCCAACUCACAUUGACCUCUCGUCUCAACUGGGGCCAGAGGUCGGCAUCAAUAAACGAACUACACGAG